AUGCGCCUCGCCUUCAUUCUACUAGCAGCCACGGCGUGUUUUCUGGCAGGAACUGGAGCGCUGGCAGUCACCGACGUCUCUGCUCAAGACCACGAAAGCGUGCGAACAUUCCUGCGUAAAGGACAAGUUGGCGAAUCAAAUGAGGACCGUCGCCUGUCGGAUGUGGAGAACGAAGAGAGGCGUUUGUCGGGCAGAGAUACGAAGGGGUUGGCCAAGAUUUCCGAAAAGGUUUUCAAGAGCAGCAAGGCGGAAAAGCUGGCCCAAGAACUGAGUAAGAAGCACGUGCACCCGUUCCCUCCACCUCGCAUCAAGGAGCUGGCUGACGGCAAGUUGCUGGUGAUCCCUCGCCAGUUCGGCAAGUAA